UUAUUUCUAGUCGCCGUCAAUUUCGGGAGCUCAUUCCAAAUCGGGGAACGCCAGGAAUCGGAAGUGUUUUUUCAAUCGGGAGGAGGAAGAUCCUCUCCUAAGGAAGUGAUAGCCUACAGCUGCAGCUCAGUUAAACUUGUGGACAUUGAAAGUCUGUUUUGAUUGAGAGUGGAGCUAAAAGACUGUGAUAAAAUUGCUACUAGUGAAGUGAACAGCAGCGAAAAGUGCAUCAAGGACAAAAUUCCAGUGGACUGAAAAUCGAGAGUUUGGACUCUGUGAAGUGAAGAAUUAGUUCGGGGAGUGUUGUGAAGGAUUAUAAUGCGAUUCUGAAUACAGAAUUAUGUACCACGACUUGAAAUUGUACAACAAAUUGUUCGGUGGAUGUGGACUGGCUUCGUUCAUUGGCCUUGUGGGCUAUGAGGCUUACCGUACGUACUCAGCAGUGAGUAAUCUGGUGGACACCCGAGUGCUCGACAUUGACCGGAAACGUCCGGACUACAUCUACAUCAAGCAUCAUAUCUACAGACAGUCGCUGCAGGAACAGCUGGAACAGGAAAAAGAGAACAGCCGGUUGGUGAACGUGGUGGUGCAGCCUUUCGGCAAGUGGUGGAAGGCUCUGAAGCACUCGGUGGCUUGGAGAUUGCUUAAAAUUGCCCAGGAGGGUGAGCAGAGCGAUCGGUUGAAGGCCAUCAAGCAACUUGCACUUAUUGAUCAUCUGAAAGAUUGGGAUUUCCAGCACUUGGCCCAGUUGUGUGACGCUCAAACAGCGGUAUCUUUGGCUCGUUCGAACUGUGAUUCACGGUGGUUCUUGCCGCCGCGGCAGUAUGGAGUGGAAAAAUCGGCCCACGAAGUGUUGGCCAGUAUCAAAGGUCUCAUUGAAAAGCUAGCCCCGGACCGUUGCGCCGAGUACGCGCUAGAACACACAUUCACAUCCCACCAGAUUAAGGAACCCGUCGGAGACGAUGUGGUAGAUCAUAGGCUGUACGUCUCUCGUUUCGAAAAUGAGCAGCUCAAGCAGGCCCUCAAUGCCUUGGUGCAUCUGACCACCGUGGAGGAGAACUGCCGCAAAAUUAUUGAGGCCGGUGGACUGAUGGAACUGAUCGAAGUGGAGAAACUGUAUUCUGACAACAUAGAUAUGAAGCUGACACUGGCCAGAAUCAUUGCCAACCUGUCCGUGCAUGGUGAUCGUGCUUAUGAUUUCUUCGCCAGUGGUUGGAUCAACAUUCUGUCCAAAUGGCAGAAGGACGUUGAUAUGCGAAUGCAGGUGACGACGGAUCUCACUCUCUCGAAUCUGGAUCGUGACGAUCCAAAUAGUUUUAGCUAUGAGUACAAUGUGUAUCCACUAUACCCGAAAGGGCGGAGGAAAAACAAGCCGGAUGUGGAUGUCAUAUUUGUUCAUGGACUGUUAGGAGGUGUUUUCGUGACGUGGCGACAAAAGGAUCUCAAACCACAGGCGGCCAGUCUUCUAGAGGGUAUCGCAUCGUCCAAUGACGAAGAAAUUCUCACCCUCCAGCCGACACCGCCAAAAUCUCAUCCCUCGAUCAGCGACACGGCCACCAAAGAACUCAUUCAAGCACUCCAAGAGGACGAACCUCUCUCCUCGGAAUGGUCCGUCGUAUUUCCCGAUCUCCCACUGUUAGCAGACGAAAAGUACACCAGUCCAGGCGUUCGUAAGAACUUCGAAGGACGUUACAGUGUAUCCGGAGAAAAGUGGCUCCAGGAACCGCUGGGUGACGAAUCCAUCGGACGGUCCUACUGCUGGCCCAUGGAGUGGCUGCCCAAAGACUUCCCCAACAUUCGCGUGAUCGGUCUCAACUAUGAAUCAUCGCUGUCGCAAUGGUCGGCCAGCGGUUGUCCAUGCGAGAAGUACGACGGAAAGCUGGAAAAGCGUGCCGCGGAAUUCUUGAAAAAACUCGCCAGAUCCAACAUCGGACAGGAUCGACCCGUCGUUUGGGUCGGCCAUUCGAUGGGAGGACUUCUGAUCAAAAGUAUUAUGAACCAAGCGGCCGCCAGCGAAGAUCCAGCAGUUCGCCGCAUAGCCCAAAACUCACGUGCAGUUAUGUUCCUUGGAACGCCCCACCGUGGAAGUGCCAUUGCCAAGCUGAAGCAGCACACUUCCGCUUUAGUUUGGCCUUCGGUUGAAGUCCGCGAACUGGAGGAGAACUCUCUUCACCUACUGCAUCUUAACAAAACGUUCCUCAAAACCAUCAACCAGCUGCCGAAGAAGCCGGAGAUUGUGACUGUCUGUGAGGGCAGUGCCACCGCGCUGACCUCGUUUAAGUUGCCAUUGCACAUUGUCACGGAAAAGUCGGCGCGUCUGGACGAAGGAGAUUUCUACCUGUCCAAGGAGGACCAUCUCAAUCUGAGCAAACCGAUGUGCAGACAAUCAUUCCUGUACCAGAGGCUAAUCAGCACGAUUUGGUGCGCGAUGCAAUCGGCCAAGGAGGCAGGCGAAUCGGAAGAGGAGCAUGGUUCCGGUAGAAGCAAGACUGCGGAAAGUGGGAAGAGGUCUAGCUCUGUAUUCAGUGAUGUCUACCGCAAGUUGGGCCAGUUGGACAGAGUAUUCAAUGUAUUUCUCUAGAUGAAAUUCCUCAGUACAAUGUGCGUUUAUGUUCUACCGUUACGUGAUAUGGAGAAAGUUUUUUUUCGUUGUCUAUUUAUUAUGGAACGAAGUAUUUAUUUUUUAUUUAUUGAAUUUUACUUUUACGGUGUAUGUCGAAUAAUACACGAAAUAGGAA